UUUUGCAAUCAAAUACAUAACCAGUCAUUUUCAAUCACAUACGAUACCAACAAAACAAUACAAUAACCUUUUACUAGUUUUACACAUGUCUAGUUGACUGAAUAUUUAGCAGAAUCCAUCUACCCCCUCACCGGAAAAAAAAAAGAUGCCGGCGGUCCUUAACAAAUGGACAUCAACGAUAGCCAGCAUAUGGAUACAAACCACCAGCGGCUCACUCUACACUUUCUCAUUCUACUCACCAUCUCUCAAAUCCUCUCAACACUACGACCAAUCAACUCUCGACACCGUUUCUGUAUUCAAAGACUUCGGUGCCAAUUCCGGCGUUCUUUCCGGCCUACUUUACACCGCUGUCGCAUCUCCAUCAACACCCAUCAGUUUCCGAGGUGGCCCGUGGAUGGUUUUGUUGGUUGGGGCUGUUCAGUGCUUUCUGGGGUACUUUUUUAUGUGGCUUUCAGUCACAGGAAAGAUUCACCGGCCACCUGUGCCGGUGAUGUGUGUGUUUAUGCUGUUGGCUGCUCAUGGUGUGACGUUUUUGAAUACGGCUAAUGUUGUUACCGCUGUUAUUAACUUUCCUAAUCAUAGUGGCACUAUUGUUGGUAUUAUGAAGGGGUUUCUUGGCUUGAGCGGAGCGAUACUACUUCAAGUAUAUCUCAUGAUAUUUAAUGCCGGACCAACCCCGUACAUUCUGAUGUUAGCUUUGCUUCCGUUGCUUAACACUUUGCUGUUCAUGUUUAGUGUAAGAGCUUUUCAGACAAAUGAAGUUGACGAAAAGAGACAUCUCAAUGGUUUAUCACUUAUUUCCGUUACCAUAGCAGCAUAUCUCUUCUCCAUUAUAAUUGUAGAGCAACUAGUUACUUUAAGCUUACCAGCCCGCAUCACUGUUUUCUGUAUUCUUGUCAUGUUGCUAGCAUCACCUCUCUUUGUUGCCAUCAGAGCACAUUCAGCCGUCAAUUUUGCAGACACAGAUUCACACCAGUUACUGCAUAACGUUUCAAAUAAUCAAGAUAUCUUGGAAGAAGAAAAAGAAGAUGACAAGAAUCUGGUGCAGGCUAUUUGUACGGUUAACUUUUGGUGUUUGUUUCUUACAACUGCUGCUGGCAUGGGGACUGGCUUAGCCACGGUAAAUAACUUAGCUCAAGUAGGCGAGUCCCUUGGUUACGCCAGUUAUGAAACCAGUACUCUAGUCUCAUUAUGGAGCAUUUGGAACUUUGUGGGUCGGUUUGGUGCUGGAUACAUCUCCGAUCACUUUCUCUAUACAAAGAAAUGGGCUAGACCGGUGUUUAUAGCCAUCACUUUGGCACUUCUGAGCAUUGGCCAUUGUGUGAUUGCUUCCGGCAUGCCUGGAGCUCUUUAUGUAGGGUCUAUUCUUGUGGGUGUUUUUUAUGGUUCACAAUGGUCAUUAAUGCCAACAAUUGCUUCAGAGAUUUUUGGGGUUUCACAUUUUGGGACGAUAUUUAACACCAUCACGAUUGCAGGUCCCAUUGGAUCUUAUAUUAUAUCUGUGAGGGUGAUUGGUUAUCUUUAUGACAGAGAAGCGGCUCAAGGAGGUGCAGAGCAUUGCAUCGGGACUCAUUGUUUUAGGUUAUCGUUUCUUAUAAUGGCUUUUACUACAUUCCUGGGCUUCAUUGUUGCUAUGGGGUUGUUCUUACGAACACAGAGGUUUUAUAAACAAUAUGUGCUAAGAGGAGAACGAGGUUGUAACUGAAAUAAGCGUGUCAGAGAUUGUAUAUACAGCUAAUUAAUAAUGUUGGCUGUGUAUAAAGAAAUGAAAGAUUACUUUAAUAAUU